AUGUUCAUUGUUUUCUUUGUUAUGGGUAAAUCACGUGUAACACCGUUAAAGAAAGUAACAAUUCCCCGACUCGAACUGACAGCAGCAACAGUUGCAGUACGAACUGACAAACUAAUUAAAUCUGAACUUGAAAUUCCCAUCCAUAUUUCGAAAUUUUGGACCGAUAGUUUGACGGUAAUUAAAUAUAUUAGAAACUUUACUUCAAGAUUUAACACUUUUGUAGCUAGUAGACUAUCAGUUAUACACGAAGCCACACAAAUUCAACAGUGGCGAUAUGUUAGCACGGACGAGAAUCCUACUGACGAUGCGUCUCGCAGUUUGACAUCUACUAAGCUAAAGGGAAAUAGCCGAUGGCUAAAUGGACCCGAAUUUCUUUGGAAAUCUGAAAUUGAGUGGCCAAGUAUUCCUUUGGAUUGCGACAAUUUGAACAUUAUGAAUGAAAACGACCCGGAAGUGAAUUCUACUAAGAAAACUAUGCUGCCGUAA